AAGUAACAGAUGCACUUUUUGUUCGUUCUAGUAGGCUGCAAAAAAGAGGAAAAGGGAAGGGUUCAAUUAGGGUUUGUGAAAUCGAAACUUGUUUGAAACACGCGAAGAUGAGCCGGAGUUUAGGGAUUCCAGUGAAGCUUCUUCACGAGUCGUCUGGUCAUACCGUGACGGUUGAGUUGAAGAGCGGUGAGCUGUACAGAGGAAGCAUGAUCGAGUGCGAGGAUAACUGGAACUGUCAGCUCGAGAACAUCACCUAUACCGCCAAGGAUGGUAAGGUAUCACAGCUUGAGCAUGUUUUCCUUCGAGGCAGCUUAGUGAGGUUUAUAAUCAUACCAGACAUGCUAAAGAAUGCUCCAAUGUUCAAGGAUACUAAGGGCAAGGGAAAGGGCUCUUCAAUAGGUGUAGGCAGAGGUAGAGGUGGUGCUAUGCGAGGCAGAGGUACUGGGCGUGGAACAAGAGGAGGAAGGGGAGCGGUGAGAUAGUUAAACCCUCGAAAUGUAGCUUCUCGACUCUUUAAGACAAUAUCUGCAGUAUCCACCAUCUUCAAACUUGUCACUUAUGCAUUUUAAAGUACACAGUAAGUAAAAUCUCUAACAAGAAGACAGGGAAGAGGGACUACUUCUGUGUUUUGAGUUACUAAGAUGUUUGAAACAUUGACAUGUUUUUCAUCAGAUGGUGUUUUAAGAGAAUUGCCACAUCUUAUGUAGAAGAUAUAACGAUGCGAAUUUCCGUAAUGGUUCGUUUUUUUUAGUCGUGGAAAUCAGAAAAUGAUGCUUUUCUAGUA